AUGUCUAUGGAAACGACCAAGAAGGAGGCUCCUCCUCAGUUCCGCCGCAGCGCCACCGCUCAAAGCAGUAUUCCGCAGGUGUCGAAAGCCGGACUCCGCAUUGAACUUCUUCACUUCAUUGGUGAAUUCUUCGGCACUUUCAUGUUUCUGUUCAUGGCCUUCGCCGGCUGUCAGAUUGGCGGGAGCAGUGCUUCACUUGCUACGAACCUUAAAACAGGAGGUGGCACACCACCGGACGCAUCGAAGUUGCUCUACAUAUCGUUCGCUUUCGGGAUGGCCCUCGCUAUCAACGUCUGGACAUGGGCGCACGUCAGCGGUGCCAUGUUCAAUCCAGCUGUCACUUUCGCCUUGACUCUGACCAAGGUGGUCCCCAUCGCGCGCGCUGCCCACGUCAUCGUCGCCCAGUUGCUUGCAGGUAUUUGCGCUGCAGCUGUUGUCGCUGGCCUACUGCCCGGCGCUUCGACCGUCUCCACACAUCUCGAGCCUACGACAUCGAUCCCCCAGGGCCUGUUCCUCGAGGUCUUUGCCACAUUCCAGCUUGUCAUUGUGAUCUUCAUGGUCGCUAUCGAGAGGAAUGCUGAGCCGCUUCUUGCUCCUUUCGCCAUCGGCCUAGCCCUAUUCGUUUCCGAGCUAGGCACUGUCUACUACACAGGCGGCAGUCUCAACCCCGCUCGUAGCUUGGGCCCAGCGGUCAUUGAAGGAUUCGAUGGCUAUCACUGGAUCUAUUGGGUUGGGCCGCUAUUCGGAGCUGGACUUGCCGCCGCUUUGUACUCUGGUGUGAAGGCCCUCGGAUACUCACAGACACGCCGGGAUGGCUUGGACGCCGAAGAGUGGCAGGCUCGUUCCUAA